CGUCUCAUCACACAAACAGACGCUACCUGCUUCUUUUAACCAACAGCCGCUGUUUAGCCACCCAGCUACUUCCUAACGUCUACGAUUCAGCCUGAAAACCAAAUAUAACUCCGUUUGUGCCUUUUUUAAAAACUACCAUGGAAUCAACAUCUAACAACUACGAGCGGAACUGUGUUCUGUGUUGUCAGGAGCUCGACAUCUUCGCCCUGGGAAAAUGCGACCACCCGGUGUGCUACCGCUGCUCGACCAAAAUGAGGGUGCUGUGUAACCAGAAGUACUGCGCCGUCUGCCGGGAGGAGCUCGACAAGGUGCUGUUUGUGCAGAAGUUGGUGGCCUUCUCCUCUCUGCCCCUCCAGACGCUGCAGGUGGAGAGGAAACAUGACAUCUACUUUACAGACUCCAAGAUAUACGCUCAGUUCAGGACACUGCUGCUGUCUGAGUGUCCUGUGUGUCCAGAGUCUAAAGUCUUCUCAAAGUUUGAGGAGUUGGAGCAGCACAUGAGGAAACAACAUGAACUCUUCUGUUGUAAACUCUGUACCAAACACCUGCAGAUCUUCUCCCAUGAGAGGAAGUGGUAUAACAGGAAGGAUCUGGCACGUCACCGUACCAACGGUGACCCCGAUGACACGUCUCACCGCGGACACCCGCUCUGCAAGUUCUGCGACGACCGUUACCUUGACAACGACGAGCUGCUGAAACAUCUCCGUAGAGACCAUUACUUCUGUCACUUCUGUGAUGCUGACGGAGCUCAGGAGUACUACAGUGACUACCAAUACCUGAGCGAACACUUCCGGGAGGCCCACUACCUGUGUGAGGAGGGGCGCUGUGCUACGGAGCAGUUCACCCACGCCUUCAGGAGCCAGAUCGACUACAAGGCCCACAAGGCCUCGGCACACAGCAAGAACCGGGCCGAAGCACGACAGAACCGACACAUAGACCUGCAGUUCAACUUUGCCCCGCGCCAGACCCGACGGAACGAUGGAGGCAUGGUAUCUGGAGAGGACUAUGAGGAGGCGAGGUCGGGUCGGGGGGGGAGAGGACGGAGCCAAGGGAGCCAACAGAACACCAGAGGUAGCUGGAGAUACAACCGUGAGGAGGAGGACAGGGAGUUGGCAGUAGCAGUCCGAGCCUCUAUGAUGCAGCAGAGGAGACAGGAGGACAGAGGAGGAGACACCCAGGAGAGGAGUGGAGCGCCCAAACACCGCAAAGAGGAGAGGCCGGAGCGCGUGGAGAGGCCGGAGCGGGUGGAGAGGCCGGAGCGGGUGGAGAGGCCGGAGCGGGUGGAGAGGCCGGAGCGGGUGGAGAGGCCGGAGCGGGUGGAGAGGCCGGAGCGGGUGGAGAGGCCGGAGCGGGUGGAGAGGCCGGAGCGGGUGGAGAGGCCGGAGCGGGUGGAGAGGCCGGAGCGGCCGGAGACUGAGGAGAGACACAGGAGUGUUCCUCUUAAACCUACAGCAGAAGCUCCCCCAGUGAGGACCAUGAAGAGUAACCCUCUGACAGGAGACGACUUCCCAGCUCUCCUAGGGGCUGCAGCACCCUCGCUGAGUGUAAAGCCCCCCCCAGCCCUGAAGACUCCGGCCCAGGUCCCUCUGAAGGAGGAUGACUUCCCCAGUCUAUCUGCUGCCAAGGUUACGACCCCCAUGACCCCCGCCUACUCCGCCCAACCCAGGAAGCACUCCUCCUUCCAAGAAGAAGACUUCCCCGCCCUGGUCUGUAAGAUCCGCCCUCCCAGACCAGCGGGCGGAGCCACCUCAGCCUGGAGCCAAGCCAGUAGCAACAGCACCUCCAGGACGGUCAUCCUUCCCUCCUCUUCCUCUAGACCUCCCUCUAACAACCCUCCUCUCCCUCUCCCCGCCGGCCCCCAGCUCCUCUCCUCCUCCUCUUCCUCUCGGAGGAAGAAGCUCCCCGUCCGACGCCCCUCCCCCCCAUCUGACGAUGACAAUUGCGUUGCCAAGACGAUGCAGGAGCACCGAGCAGUUCCAACCAUGUUGGAUAUCUCCUCUCUUCUCAUCGUCAAAGGACCCUCUAAGUCUGUCCCUACUGCCUCUAAGCCCCUCCCACUGACAGAUAAGCGCCUCCCACCAACCUCCAAGCCUUCCCCACCGACAGCUAAGCCCCUCCCACCGACCUCUAAGCCCUCCCCCGUGUCCUCUAACCCCACUCCUAUUCCCUCCCCAAGCCCCACAUCCAAGACAGCCAAGAAGAAGAAACAGGCCACGCCCACUCCACCAUCUGGAAACCAAGUUCCUGUCCUCAUGGAAACGGUCUCCAAGGUACAGAAGGAGAACGUUCCGGAGAGCCACGCCUCCAAACCGCCGGUUGCUAUGACGACGGCAGCAGUUAAAACCGCUGUAAAAGCGACGGUCAAAGCGAGUGGAUUGGCUAACGGCCACCUGGAUAAACCAAUCACAGUGGCCCCCCUCCCCAAAGCCCAGCCUGAACCCCCCCUGGAGGUAGAAGAGGAGUUCCCUGCCCUCAUCUCCAGGAAACCCCCCCCAGGCUUUAAGAGUUCCUUCGUCCUGAAGAGUUCUGGCCCCCCCAGCAACCUGUCCCCACCUCCCCCAGGCCAGGGCAGCGCCCCCCCGCCCAGUAAGCCCCCCCCAGGGUUUACCGGCAUCCCCCUCAACAGCAACGUGGUGGAGCCUGCCCCCCCUGCAUCCAGCCCCCGGUCUCCCCAGUCCCCGGGGGUGUACCUGGCUCCAGAGAACUUCCAGCAGAGGAACAUGGAACUGAUCCAGUCCAUUAAGAACCUCCUGCAGAACGACCAGUCACGAUUCAACCAGUUCAAGGACUACUCUGGACAGUUCAGACAGGGUCUGAUGUCAGCCGUGCUGUACCAUCGGAGCUGUAAGACCCUGUUAGGGGCCAACUUCGGUGGCGUCUUCAACGAGCUGCUGGUGCUACUUCCUGACACGGGGAAACAGCAGGAGCUGCUGACGGCCCACGCAGACGACCAGGCCGUGGAAAGACGGGGAGGGGGCGGCGGCGGCGGCAGGAAGAACAAGAAGAAUGUCUGGCAGACCCCCUCCAGCGCUAUCUCUAAUGCAGCCGCGCUGGACUGCCAGGUGUGCCCCACCUGCUGCCAGGUGCUGGAUCCUAAAGACUUCAACUCCCAUAAGACCUUGCACCUGGGGGACACCGAGGACUUCCCCUCCCUGCAGGCCGUCAGCCGCGUCAUCAGCUAGCCCUGGCCUGGGACAGGACGUGCGCACUGCCCAAUCACAGCCCUGCCUGUUGCCAUUCUUGUGGGGGGGGGGGGGGCUGUUGCCGUGGUGACCAUAGCCAGAGAGGACGUUGGGUAGUGUAUUUGAUGGCGAGGCUGGGGCCAGCAGGAGGUUGAACUGAAUUCUGGUUGCCAGAUAUUGACCCUUGACUCCCGGGGGGAUUCCGGCUGGAACUGGACCCAGCCUGGUGACCCGACCCUGGUGACCCGACCCUGGAGGCCCCACAAGUACCACAUGUUGUGAAUUAAUAAGAAGAAUGAUUCUGUAUAUUUUAUUUUUCUCUCUCACCCCCCCCCCCCCCCCCCCCCCUCUCUUCUGAUCACAUUUCCACGAGGUUGAUAAAGUGUUGAAGGAGUGACGUGUUGGUUCUUUUAUCAGGUUUGAUGAAUGAGGGAAGUGUUUAUUAAGUCAGACCCUCUACUACUCCCUCAGACAGUCAGGCCCUCUACUGCUCCCUCGGAGGCAGUCGGGCCCUCUACUGCUCCCUCGGAGGCAGUCGGGCCCUCUACUGCUCCCUCGGAGGCAGUCGGGCCCUCUACUGCUCCCUCGGAGGCAGUCGGGCCCGCUACUGCUCCCUCGGAGGCAGUCGGGCCCGCUACUGCUCCCUCGGAGGCAGUCGGGCCCUCUACUGCUCCCUCGGAGGCAGUCGGGCCCGCUACUGCUCCCUCGGAGGCAGUCGGGCC